GGGUUCCAAAGUCUUUGCUUAGCCUAACGGUGACAUGUUUGUCACAAAGCCAGAUGCCGGUGUACUCGGGUUAGAGAGGGCCUUUGUCGUUGGGUUUUAUUCUUAUUGUGUUAUUCGGGCUCCACAGACCCAAAUACCAGUCAACUGGGUUGGGCGAGGUAGGAACGGAUGAAGCCCACCGUCUAACAAUCUGGCCAUCUAUAGGAGGAGAUCCGCCGCUCGAAACAGCUGACCCAGCAGCGACUGCGGAACCACAAGGAGCGUCUGCAAAGAUCGACCCCGCCAUCCCGCCGUCCCGCUCGGUGACCGGAGACGCAGCCGGGAACGCGACUGAUCAGGCUACCGAGCCCGGCCGCAGGGCGAAGUCGGUGCGGUUCGAGGCCUCAGAAAGGGACACGCAGCAGCGGCGGUGGCGCUGACUCAGCCUGGCCUCCCUGCAGUCCCCCUGACAGCCGCAGCAGCCACAGCAGCCACACGCGCGGGCAGCUGGGCCACACGCUUCCCCCGCCCUCGGCCCCACCCGGCCGCACCCUAGGCCGCGCGGCGUCACAGAGCGCAUGCGUGCCGCGGGGGAUGCCGGGAGCGCGCAGUGGCGGCAGCAGCGGCGACGGCAGUAACAGCGGCAGCUACAGCGGGGACGCGAGCGGGGCGGUGACGGUGUGGGAGGUGGUCUCACUCUUGGGAAAACUGCUGGGCACCGUCGCCGCGCUGAAGGUGGUUCUGUACCUGCUCCGAGUGUGCUUAGCGAUGGCCUGGAAAUCCGGCGGCGCCAGCCACUCGGAGCUAAUCCACAAUCUCCGCAAAAACGGAAUCAUCAAGACAGAUAAAGUAUUUGAAGUGAUGCUAGCUACAGACCGCUCUCACUAUGCAAAAUGUAACCCUUACAUGGAUUCUCCACAAUCAAUAGGUUUCCAAGCAACAAUCAGUGCUCCACACAUGCAUGCAUAUGCACUAGAACUUCUAUUUGAUCAGUUGCAUGAAGGAGCUAAAGCUCUUGAUGUAGGAUCUGGAAGUGGAAUCCUUACUGCAUGUUUUGCACGUAUGGUUGGAUGUACUGGAAAAGUCAUAGGAAUUGAUCACAUUAAAGAGCUAGUAGAUGACUCAAUAAAUAAUGUCAGGAAGGACGAUCCAACACUUCUGUCUUCAGGGAGAGUACAGCUUGUUGUGGGGGAUGGAAGAAUGGGAUAUGCUGAAGAAGCCCCUUAUGACGCCAUUCAUGUAGGAGCUGCAGCCCCCGUUGUACCCCAGGCGCUAAUAGACCAGUUAAAGCCUGGAGGAAGAUUGAUAUUGCCAGUUGGUCCUGCAGGUGGAAACCAAAUGUUGGAGCAGUAUGACAAGCUACAAGAUGGCAGCGUCAAAAUGAAGCCUCUGAUGGGGGUGAUAUACGUGCCUUUAACAGAUAAAGAAAAGCAGUGGUCCAGGUGGAAGUGAUUUUAUCUUCUGCUCUUUCUUCUUCCACACAUGCAAGGGAUGAAUUGUAAAAGCAACAUCAGCUUGACCAGUAUAAAAUUACAGUGGAUUGCUCAUCUCAGUCCUCAAAGCUUUUUGAAAACCAACACCAUCACAGCUUGUUUUGGACUUUGUUACACUGUUAUUUUCAGCAUGAAAAUGUGUGUUUUUUUUAGGGUUUCUGAUUCUUCAAAGAGGCACAGAGCCAAAUUGGUAGAGGAAGGAUACAGAGUAUAAAUUUGUGUAAUAUUACUUUAACAUGCCUAUAUUUUACUUGGAAAUAUUAAAAGAAAGGGUUCUGAAAAAUGGAAAACUUAGUUUGUCAAUUGAUUUUGAGGAGUGGUUUUUAUUUUCUUGGACACUUAAUUCUGUUCUGAUAUUAAUUUAUCAGAUUGCUUUUGUGCAUUGGAUAACACCACCAUUCACAAGUUAAGAUUCUUGGUAUUUGGAUGUCUGUUAGAUGCUACUAAGAAAAUAGAGAUGAGCUUUCUUUUUAAAGCUUUUGAUGUGGUGUCAUAGAAUAGCAUGUUGUAGAUACAAUCAGCUGCUUUGUUACCUUAAAACUAGGCAUUUGUAAAUAUUAAACCUUAAGAUGGCAGGUGAUGUCCUGUAAACACUCAGCUGUUCAGAUUGGACAUAACUGACUUAGUUCUUCCCUUCUCUCUCUCAAAAUUAUAGGAGACUUGUAGUUUAGUGUUGUUUUCUGUUACUAAUGUGCUGCUGAUAAUGUACAUGAACUUAACAUGCUGUGUAAGCUGUGUCCCAGUUCUUGAACAGUUUAUGCAGUGCUGCUUUGCCAAAUAAAGUUAAAAGCAAAAGAGG